AGUGUGUGCGCGCUAAAAGAGUGUGUCAGCUGAUUUCCUGUCAUGUUUUCAAAACACGAUUUUGAGUGUGUAACAAAGAUUUUUGCAUUUUACAAAAUUUACACACUUUCCCUUGGGUGUGAGUGUGUUAGGUGAAGUGCACUAAUCAGUGCUCGUUAACUUUAGCCAAACGAGUGUGUCCAAGACUCCAAACUCGAAAGCUGUGUAAAGUGUGAAGUCAACGCCCAAAAAAUGAAGGCAAUAGUGAUAACCAGUCCGGGGGGCCCAGAAGUGCUGCAACUACAAGAAGUGGAUGAGCCAGAACUCAAAGACGACGAGGUUCUCAUCAAGGUCGAGGCCUCGGGGCUCAACCAGGCUGAUACGGUUCAGAGGAGUGGCGCGUACCCACCGCCCAAGGGUGCCAGUCACUACCUUGGUGUUGAAUGUUCUGGGACCAUCGAGGCUCUUGGUAAAUCCGUUUCCCGUUGGAAAAUCGGUGAUCAGGUAUGUGCUCUUCUUAGUGGAGGAGGGUAUGCCGAGAAGGUUCCUGUUCUGGCUGGACAAGUUCUUCCUAUCCCACCUGGUGUUUCUGUCAAGGAUGCUGCUAGCUUACCUGAGAUUGCGUGCACUGUUUGGUCAACUGUUUUUAUGAUGAGUCAGCUAUCUGCAGGGGAAACAUUUUUGGUUCAUGGAGGCUCAAGCGGGAUUGGUACAUUUGCAAUUCAGAUAGCUAAAUACCAUGGAGCAAGAGUGUUUGUUACUGCAGGGAGUGAUGAAAAAUUAGCUGUUUGCAAGGAUCUUGGGGCUGAUGUGUGCAUCAAUUACAAGACAGAGGACUUUGUUAAAAGGGUGAAGGAAGAAACAGGUGGAAAAGGAGUUGAUGUUAUUCUUGAUCAUAUUGGAGCAUCCUACUUAAAGCAAAACAUUGAGAGCUUAAAUUUUGAUGGGAGGCUUUUUAUUAUUGGAACUAUGGGUGGCUCUGUUACAGAGAUCGAUCUCCGUGCUCUGCUUUCGAAGCGCCUCACAGUGCAAUCGGCUGGCUUGCGACACAGGAGUCCAGAAAACAAAGCAGUGAUUGUUAGUGAGGUUGAGAAGAAUGUUUGGCCUGCUAUAGUUGCAGGCAGGGUGAAACCAGUGAUAUAUAAGUAUUUCCCAUUAUCUGAUGCAGCAGAGGCUCACCAGCUCAUGGAAAACAGUGGUCACAUUGGAAAGAUACUGCUUGUUCCUCAAUUCAGUGGGUGAUCUUGUGGCUCAGAUGGAUGAUGAUAUGGUUUUAAGACCCUGUGCAUAUAUUUUGUGGCAAUGCUUUUAUGUGUUAUAGUCUUGUAACUUGGGAACAAAGCAAAGCUUAACGGUAAUGGAUUUUGGACGUUCAGAUUUA